UAUUGUGCUCCUUCGCCACAGCGCGUUUAUCAAUUACCAUUGUCCGUGGUUGUUCCGAUGAGGCUAGGCGGACACGGUCCAGAAAUAUCGUCCGAAAGAAUCACAGUCGCCAAUUCGAAAUGGAGCAGUCUGCCAAUAACGCAACCGAAACCGAUUCCAUUUCGGAUUUGUAUUUCAACGCGGACUCGAUCGCGUUCUACGCGUUGAUGAUCCUGUCCGCCGUGAUCGCCGUGAUUGCCUCGUAUAAAGAGGUAUGGCCUGCUUGCGGCAAGAAGGACGAGUACAAAGUGCAGGACAAAGAUGCCGACGAGUCCAACGAGUACCUCAUGGGAGGGAAGAAAAUGAGUAUUUUCCCCGUGUCGCUGUCUCUCAUCGCCAGUCAUAUAUCAGCCAUCACGGUGCUGGGCGUUCCGACCGAAAUCUACAAACACGGCCUGCAAUAUUGGGCCGUAAUGAUUUCAGGCGUUUUCGUGAGCUUGUCAGUGGCGUACAUCUUCCUUCCCAUUUUCUCCUCGCUUGGAAUCUCCUCUUCCUACCAGUACCUGGAACUGAGGUUUAACAAAUGGGUGAAGAGGCUGGCCUCCGGUCUGUUCGUGAUUGCGCAACUUGCCUAUAUUCCAAUCGUGAUGUACGGACCUGCGCUGGCGUUUAGCCAAGUUACGAAAAUCCCAGUUAGCUUCAUCGUCGGAGCAACCUGCAUCGUUUGCGUGGCGUACACGACUUUGGGAGGCUUAAAAGCCGUGGUCUGGGCAGACGCUGCGCAAAUUUUGAUCAUGUUUAUUUCGAUGGGGAUUUUGAUGGUGUUGGGCGCUGAAAAGGCCGGAGGAUGGGGCAAUGUCUGGCAGAUCAACGAGGAGGGAGGAAGGACUGAACUUUUUAAUCUGGACCCUAGUCCACUGACCAGACACACAUUUUGGACGGUGACAAUCGGGCAGUACUUUGGCUGGCUGACUCAGUGCGGCGUCAGUCAGGGCAUGGUGCAGCGCUACCUUUCCGUUCCCGACAUGAAAGCCGCCAAAUGGACGCUCGUUUGGUUUACCAUCGGCCUCACCCUGAGCAAGAUCAUGAGCAUUGCCAUCGGAAUGCUCGUUUACGCCACCUACUACGGCUGUGACCCUUUGACCGCUGGAGCUGUGAGGAAACCUGACCAGAUUCUGCCUCUGUACACCAAGAGUGUGUUUGGAGAGCUGCCAGGGUUCACUGGAGUCUUGAUUGCAGGCGUGUUUAGUGCGUCAAUCAGUUCGAUGUCGACUGGCUUGAACGCGAUGUCCGGCGUACUCCUCGACCUUCUUCCGAAAAACUUCCUCCUGGCAUGCACUGACCACAAGAAUCGGCUGAGAAUUUUAACCCUUUUCAUGGGCGUCGUGUGCUCCGGAUUGGUCGCUUGCAUUUCCGUCCUCGAAUCUCACGUUCUGCAGCUGGCUCUGAGUUUGAAUGGAAUCACGGCAGGAGCGAUGCUCGGUCUUUUCACUUUCGGAAUGUUUUUCCCUCGAGCGACACCCAGGGGUGCAAUCGUGGGGGCAGUUGUGUCUUUGAUCUCGGUUGCAAUCGUGGUGGCCGGGGCUCAGUACAACCUGAAAAAGGGCUACUUGAAACACCCCGCCCUCCCCAUCUCCGUCGAUCAGUGCGCUGCAAAUGUCACCCUUCCUCCCCAAAUAAGUCAUAACAACGACGACGUGUUCUUCAUGUUCCGAAUUUCCUACAUGUAUUACGCGGAGUUCGGCUUUUUCAUCAUGCUGGCCGUGGGCUAUUUGGUGAGCCUGUUCAGUAGCGAAGAAAUCAGCCGCGAGCAGCAAAGGAAGGAGCUCUACUCGCCUUUAGUGCACAGGUGGUUGCCCCAGGACGACGCGUCGCCUGAGGCAGUGCCAUUGAAAGAAAUUUCAGAACAAAACAACGAAAAUCGUUCGUCACCGUUGGUCCAAAAUGGAAAAGCGGUUGAAAAAUUAAAUGGAAAUGGGUGCCAUUAGAGAGGGGCGUGGAGUUUCUUUCUUUCUUUCACUGCCGUUUUCCUUGUGAUUUUCUUUGUGAGAUUUUGUAAUAAUUAUGAAUGCUAGAUAGGCAACCCGCUGCUCUUGUGGGUCCAGCACGCUGCCUAACUUGAUAAUCCAAGGCAAACAUUUAUUGCUGAAUUGUUCUCGGCCUUUUAUAAAAAAAUUGACAGUUGAAAUUUUUAUUGGUGGAUUCAUCCACAAAUAUAGCGUUUGUUUGAACUUAUUGUAGAUGUUUUUUUUAAAUCUGUUUAUUUUCAAAAUCAUCAUAAGAUGCUGGGGAUUGGAGUUUGUAUUUUUCUUUGAACAGCAGAUAAUAAUAAAAUUUUUUUAGCACUAUUAA